UCCGAGAUCGCGUCAAAAAGACUAGCUUUUUUUUUUUUCUUUUUAUCUUUUCGCUGAUUUAAAUGGCGUCCAAACCGCCGACUUUGCCGGAGAAGCUCCUCCGCCCAUCGGCGCACGAGUCUGUGUCCAUUGCCGAAGGAGGGUUGCCGUGGUGACGCCGAUGAAGUGGGAAGGGGUGGAUGAGAAGCUCGCUAAGAUGGUCUCUGAGGCCAACCUUGAUCAUGCCUCAGAGCGGCGGAGGAUUCGAGAGAUGUUUAAGGAUAUACAGCUUAGUAUUGAUCAUUGCCUUUUUAAGGCACAAUACAGUGCUGUCAAAACUGAGGAGUUUUAUAGAGUGAAUUCCCGAGGUCUAGAGAUUUUCUCUAGAAGAUGGUUUCCAGGUAGCCUCCCUAUGAAGGCACUGGUUUGCUUCUGUCAUGGUUAUGGGGACACUUGCACAUUUUUCAUUGAAGGUAUUGCCAAGAAGUUAGCAUCAUCCGGAUAUGGAGUAUUUGCUAUGGACUAUCCUGGUUUUGGCCUUUCAGAAGGACUUCAUGGAUAUAUACCUAGUUUUGACAAUCUUGUUGAUGAUGUUGUCGAGCACUACACCAAAAUCAAAGCAGAAAACCCUGAAUACCGAGGCCUUCCAAGCUUCUUAUUUGGGCAAUCAAUGGGCGGAGCAGUGGCUUUGAAAGUGCAUUUCAAACAACCUAAUGCAUGGGAUGGUGCAGUCUUAGUUGCACCCAUGUGUAAGAUGGCAGAAGAUGUUGUUCCAUCUUGGCCUGUGCAGCAAAUUCUGAUCUGCAUGGCUAAAAUUCUCCCCAAAGGGAAGCUGGUUCCUCAGAAGGAUUUAGCAGAAAUGGCAUUUAAAGAUGUUAAAAAGCGUGAACAGACUUCUUACAAUGUUAUUGCUUACAAAGAUAAACCUCGUCUACGAACAGCAUUAGAGAUGCUCAGAACAACUCAAGAGUUAGAAAAUCAAUUACAAGAAGUUUCUCUACCACUUCUAAUUCUACAUGGUGAAGCUGAUAUCGUAACUGAUCCUUCGGUGAGCAAAGCUUUGUAUGAGAAGGCAAACAACAAGGACAAGAAGCUGUGCCUUUACAAAGAUGCAUAUCAUUCUCUUCUUGAAGGUGAACCUGAUGAGAUGAUAUUUCAGAUUCUGGAUGAUAUAAUUUCUUGGUUGGAUGAGCAUUGCAUCAAUGCAGGAGCUUCUCGAUCAAUACCUCCUUGAGAGUUACCUCUCCUUGUACUUAAAAGAAUCCUCACCUUAUGUAUGCAUAUGUUUGCUUGCAGUCCAUUGCUACAUUAUUUAUUUAUUAAUUGAAAUGAAGUUCAUUCAUUGAAAUUGAUAUUA